AUGGCGGGCGCCUCCGGCUAAGGGAGAGCGGGAGCGACGGAGCGGCGGCGGCUUGUAGCUUCGGCCUCCUGCGUGUCCCCGCCCACCCAACACAUCCCCCGGUGGGGUGGGUGGGGGGGAAAGUGAAGAAAAAUAUGAGUGAGGGGGGUUUGACGGGAACGGACUUGUCCCGGAACAGCGCCCCGUGAGGGAAGCCGGAGGGUCAUCCCCUCCCCCCACGCCCCCAGAGCUGGGAACUUUGACCCCCCAACCCCUAGCUGACCCCAGCCUUUAAACCCUGUUUGUCCCACACUGAGACACCCCUCUCUGUGCCUUUCACCCCCCCUUCCUUUCCUGACCUCUAGGUUUUGACCCAUCUUCCCUGACCCCUAGUCUGUCACCCCUCCCUCCAUAUGUUCUUUUCCUUGGCUCCUCUCCUGUGUCCCCCUUCGUGAUCCUUCUCUGCUCCCCAGUUUAUGAACCCCUUUACCCCCCUUCUCUGAUUUCUAACUUUCUGUCCCCCCCCCCCCCCUUUUCACAUUUCCGCCUGAUCCCAGAGUGUCUCCUUUCGUGGACACUCUCUCUUCUCACCCCUUCCUCCUCCUCUUACCCAUCACUUGUAAAAGAGUAUAUAUUUUUUGUACUUUUUUAAUUAUUGUUUGGACCUGGAGUGGAUUAAUUUAUGGGGCAACAACCAGGCAAAGUUCUUGCGGACCAAAGAAGGCCGACACUGCCUGCGCUGCACUUUAUCAAAGGGGGGAAGCGAGAGGCAGCCAAACAUGGAGCUCAGCAUUUCAAUGUGUUUGUGGAGCACGAAGCCCUACACCGUCCAGAUUUUGAGUCACAAGGCCUGACCGAGGCUGCCCGGUGGAACUCCAAAGAGAACUUGCUUGCUUGCCCUAGUGAAAAUGACCCCAACCUUUUUGUUGCACUGUAUGACUUUGUUGCCAGCGGGGACAAUACACUCAGCAUAACCAAAGGUGAAAAGCUUCGUGUUUUGGGCUACAACCACAACGGAGAAUGGUGCGAGGCUCAGACUAAAAAUGGCCAGGGCUGGGUUCCCAGCAACUAUAUUACACCUGUUAACAGUCUAGAGAAACACUCCUGGUACCAUGGGCCAGUCUCACGCAAUGCUGCAGAAUACCUCCUCAGCAGUGGCAUCAAUGGGAGUUUUCUGGUGCGAGAGAGUGAAAGUAGCCCCGGACAAAGAUCCAUAUCACUUCGUUAUGAAGGAAGGGUAUACCACUACAGGAUAAACACUGCAUCUGAUGGGAAGCUGUAUGUAUCUUCAGAGAGUCGCUUCAACACCUUGGCAGAACUUGUGCACCACCACUCUACAGUGGCUGAUGGACUUAUCACCACCCUACAUUACCCAGCUCCCAAACGGAACAAGCCCACAAUUUACGGAGUCUCCCCGAAUUAUGACAAAUGGGAGAUUGAGCGGACGGACAUUACAAUGAAACACAAGCUGGGUGGAGGGCAGUACGGUGAGGUGUACGAGGGAGUGUGGAAAAAAUACAACCUGACUGUGGCGGUGAAGACAUUGAAGGAAGAUACCAUGGAAGUGGAAGAAUUCUUGAAAGAGGCUGCAGUUAUGAAGGAAAUUAAGCAUCCUAAUCUGGUACAGCUGCUAGGUGUAUGUACCCGGGAGCCUCCGUUUUACAUCAUCACAGAGUUUAUGACUCACGGUAACCUCCUAGAUUAUCUACGUGAUUGCAACAAGGAGGAAGUGAAUGCUGUUGUGCUGCUAUACAUGGCAACUCAGAUCUCCUCUGCGAUGGAGUAUUUGGAGAAGAAAAAUUUCAUUCACAGGGAUCUUGCCGCUAGGAACUGCCUUGUAGGGGAGAACCACUUGGUUAAAGUGGCUGAUUUUGGACUAAGUAGAUUAAUGACAGGGGAUACAUAUACAGCACAUGCUGGGGCAAAGUUUCCUAUUAAAUGGACUGCUCCAGAAAGUUUGGCGUACAACAAAUUUUCAAUCAAAUCUGAUGUGUGGGCAUUUGGUGUCCUCCUGUGGGAGAUUGCAACUUAUGGAAUGUCUCCCUACCCUGGAAUUGACCUUUCACAAGUUUAUGACCUGUUGGAAAAGGACUACAGGAUGGAGCGGCCAGAGGGCUGUCCAGAGAAAGUCUAUGAAUUGAUGCGAGCAUGUUGGAAGUGGAACCCAGGAGACCGACCAUCAUUUGCAGAUAUCCAUCGCGCUUUUGAUACAAUGUUCCAAGAAUCAAGUAUAUCAGAGGAGGUUGAGAAAGAGCUCGGGAAGAAAGGAGGGAAAUGCUGUGGCAGCAACAAACCACAGGCACCAGAACUGCCAACCAAAACACGCACCCUGCGCAGAACGACUGAGAGCAAAGAGCCAAUUGAAGUUCAGGAGGUGUCCCAUUCAAUAUUUAAAGUCUUGAGCCAACAUGAUUCCGGGGAUCAUGAGAUGGCAGUUUCUCCCAUGCUGCCACGCAAGGACAGAGACCAGGACAGCAACCUGGACGAUGACCGUUUGCAGUCUUUCACCAAGGAGAAAGGCAAAUCCAGCUCCAUCUUCAGCUCCUUUAUCAAAAAGAAGAAGAAGACCGCGCCCGCCCCUCCCAAGCGCAGCAGCUCAUUCCGAGACACGGACGGGCAGGUGGAGCGAAAGGGAGAGGCACUGGAAGACACCAACACUGGGAAAGAUACAAACAACGGAGCCUUUCUCAAUAGCGUAGCCCCUCUUGACGCAAUCGAUCUGAGUAAAUUGCAGCACUCGUUUAGCACUGUGGCACAAACUGCAAACAAUGGAGGUGGAGGAGUCACCAACGGAAGCUUCUUGGGGACGACUGGGUUCUUCUCUCCACAUUUGAAGAAAUCAAACACAUUAACGUCCAACAAAGCUGCAGGGAGUGAAGAGGAGCCAAUCUCCAACACCAAACGCUUCAUGAGAUCUUGCUCUGCGUCCUCUAUGCCUCCAGGCAGCAAAGAGAUGGAGAGGAAAGCCCUGACGCUGCCCCGAGAUCUCCAGUCGGUGGGGAAGCCGGCAGAGUCUGUCCUGGCCUCUGGCUGCGACAGGACUGAGAAGCCAGCGUUGCCUCGGAAAAGGACAAACGAAACUAAAGUGGACGUGGUGCCUCGGGGCAGCAUGACCGCUCCUCCUCGGCUGCCGAAAAAGACAGACGAGUUAAAUGAUGAUGUUUUUGCUAACCUGGAGUCCAGUCCCAGCUCCAGCCCACCAGCAUCGACUCCAAAACUUGUCCGCAGGCAGCCAGGGACUGUUGUGUCCAGUGGUCUUGGCCUCAAGGACAAAGACGAAGGUGGGAAGAUUUGUGCCUUAAAUUCCCCACAGGAACCCAUCUCCUCCAGCCUGGCUGCCCCUGCACUGAAGCAGAGCUCCACCUCUUUCCUUGGGGGAGUGAAUCAGCUGUCUGAGGACUCGAGGGCACGCCGGUUCAAGCAGGCUUCUGACCAGCUGCUGUCAGCUCCCGUUAGGGACCGGGGCAAACUGCAGAAAUCCAAGCCAGCUCCCCCUCCUCCACCAGCUACAAAAUCCCUCCGGCCGCCUCGGAGUCCGACCCACGAGGCCACAGCCGAGAGUGCCACAGGCGUCAAACCUAAGCUGGCCAUGGACACUUCGGGUGGGGAGGCUACAAAGGCCCCCCCACCAGGGGAUGCAGUUAAAAGGCCCGCCCUCCAUUCAGCACCAAAGUCCCAGUCCUCAACGAGGCCGUCAGCUGCCUCCUCAUCCUCCACACAACCUGCCUUACCAAACCCAAGCACCGAACAGCAAACCUCCACCACCACAGCCUUCAUCCCCCUCAUCUCCACCAGGGUGUCUCUGCGCAAGACCCGGCUUCAGCCCGAGAGGAUGGCCAGUGCCAAUAUCACCAAGGACACCGUUCUGGAGAGCACUGAGGCGCUCCGUGUGGCUAUUGACAGGAACUCUGAGCAGAUGGCCAGUCACAGCGCGGUGCUGGAGGCAGCCAAGAACCUGUACACCUUCUGCACCAGCUACGUGGACUCCAUCCAGCAGAUGCGCAACAAGUUUGCCUUCAGGGAGGCUAUCAACAAGUUGGAGAGCAAUCUCCGUCAGCUCCAGAUUUGCUCAGCCAGCCAGGACUUUACCAAACUGCUCUCGUCUGUGAAAGAAAUCAGUGACAUCGUCCAGAGGUAGCAAAGGCUCUGGGGGGUUGGGUGGUGGAGGAGGGUGGACACAAUAUGUACACAGAAUGCUGCUCCCAGACUCCAUAACAGUAUGAUAGAAUCAGGGGAAGGACUUGAAUUUGACUGCUUGCUGCCAGAGGUGUGCAUCGAAACGUAGCAUUUAAUCCUGAGUGGCUCUGUAAAUUCCUCGUGUCUGCUUCAGUUAUCUCUUGCAAUAACGUUGUUGUCACAUGCAAACAUUCAUACUCUACAAACAGCAGGUGAUUCAGCUAAAUAGAUCAACUCUAGCCUAUGUUCAGCUCACCCUUUCACUCUGUCCCUUGCUCCCUCACGUGCUUAACAGUCUCAAGACAAUAGCAGUUAAUUCCACUCCAAAACAUAAGAGGAUCAGCAUUUUCCAUUUGAUAACUAACUGUGAUGUUUUGUUACGUAUUCAGGAGCCAACAAAAUACUUGUGAAUUACAAGUCAGCCAUUGUUGAUUACAAGCCCAGAACAUGUUGAAACUUUUAAUGGAGUGCUGAUAGUUAAGAGAAGACAGUGGAGUAAAAACUCUGAUCCCUCACUGCAAUUCACCUUUCAUCAUUUGCACUGGAUUUUCUUUAAGAAAGAGAACAUGUGUAGUUUAACUUUUGCAGUAUUAGACAGUGGACAUGAAUGCCAGACAAUCGCCAUAAUAAAUUUAGUUAACACCUUAAUAGACUGUGCUUUCCUUUGGUUAUGGGACCAUUGGAAUUUAAUACCGUGGCUGCAAAUUUACACAUUAUGAACUCAUCACAACUGAAGAGAUUGUUAAAUUAAUAAGAGUUGAAUGCUGCUGUAAGUGACAGAAAGCAUCAAAUAGUAGUUCACCACUUGUAUAGUUCCUACCUCAUUCGUACUAGUGUUUCAUUUGAAAGCUUAAAAAGCAGACCGAGAAAGCAGUGAAAUCAGCCAGUGCCCCAUUAUUCCAAGGUGGCAAAUCUCAAUCCUGGCUGGAGCUGGCUUUUCUUGUCAGGGUGAAGAAGAUUCAGUUCAAACUGACAACCCUGAAACAAGGCAGAAACCAACCCACAACCACCAACACCCUGCCUCCAAUAAACACAACUGCAGAGUAGAAUAAUAGUCUAAACUGGCACUCACCAACACAUUUUGUCACUAGGACGUGAGAUACAGGCUGCCAACUCUGGUCUUGAUAUAUUCCUGAAGGUUUCUGCAGCUUUCUAUACUUCAAAAACAUUUUUUUUUAAAAGUCCCUAUGGUACAUAACCUUUGCAUUGCACAAUUACCAGGGAAUGACCAUCUCUGAAAAGAAAAUAUCUAACCGUCAGCACUUGGCAUUCAAUAGAAUCGCCAUCAUUGAAGCUCUUGGCAUCAACAUCCUGGGGAUUACUAUUGAUCAGAAAUUGAACUGGACUAGCCAUAUAAAUACAGUGGCUGCAUGAGUAUGUCAGGGACUAGGAAUCCUGCAGCAAGUAACUCAUCUGAUCACCUCUCUUCAAGGCACAAGUAACGAGUUUGAUAGCUACACUCCCACACAGUAGGGAAUGUUCUAUAACAAUACUUGAAGCACAACCCACCGUCAAUGCACAGCAGCAAUAUGUCCUAUCUACAAGAUGAAUUGUAGGAGUUCACCAGGGCUCCUUAGAGAGCACAUUGCAAACUCAUGAUCUUUACAUUCUAGAAAGACAAGGGCAGCAGAUACGUAGGAACUUGCAAGUUCUCCUCCAAGUCACUCACCAUCAAACUUGGAAAUAUAUCUCUGUUGCCUGAGUAUGGAUGGGUCAAAACUCAGGAACUCCCUCCCCACUGGCAUUGUGGGUGUACCUAAACCCCAUGAACUGCAGCAGUUUCAGAAGGCAGCUCACCACCAUCACUUCAAGGCCAGUUAGGGUUGGGUAAUAAUUGUUAGAUCAACCAGCAAGCCCCAUACCCUGGAAUAAAUUUUUAAAAGCAAAUUUCUUUUGGAGCAGCUCACUUGAGUGACCAGCAGAGUAGUCACUCAUUCCUGGAAGUUUGGUGACUUCCAGCAGUGUGCAUUUGACUGUCUAAAUGUAGAAAGCUACAGCUGUGGCUGUAAUCCAGACUAAUCACAGUGUCUUUUAGUUCAAAGGGGUUGACAAAAUCUCACUCAACACUGCUUAACACACACUCAUAAUCUGUUUUAACAAUUUAACUAAAUGUUAUUAUUACAUAUUGUUUUCUCACAGUGAGCUCCCGCAAUCAGCAAAUUGAUAAUGACCAGAUUUUAAAAAAAGACUAAGGAAGCCUUAAUCUCAGAUGAAAGUAAUAUGUUCCUGGCCAAAAUUAAUAUUACUGAUAUUCGGCAAUAUUAAGACUUGAUGGUCUUAAUACUUUUUAGGAUCAAAUUAAUUGAUUCUGAGAACAAUAUGUAACAUGAAAUGAUGUGUAAUUUGUAAUUGUAUGUAAUGUGGUAACUAAAGCAGACUUGAGGAUUUGUUCCAUCUUUGAAUAUUUACAUUCUUACAUCUCUGUCUUGCCCACAGCUGAGAUGUAUUCACAGGGCUUCAAUGCAAUAAUUUCCCAUUUGUAAAAUUGUUUUCCUCUCUCUAAUUAAAAUUGUUCCCAGUGAAUGUUAAAAGUUACUGGUCAAUCACGAAACUCGCUUGAGUAAACCACGUCAUUUGAACCAAAUGGAUUGUUUUGAACGUAGCUUGUAACUUUUUCACCAGCCAGAAUGUUGUUAAUGACUGCAGAACCUUGACUGCAAAAUCUGAAGGAUUCACAAGCGUUUUAGUAAUUAUCAUCCACGAUCUUGCAUCAAGGCUGCCCAUGGACAUUGUCAGCACGAUUUAACAGUGGGGUGGGGGAAAAUGUGAUGGGAGAGAAAUGUCCUGUCCUUUGACUUGUUAGGAUGACACAGGAGCAGCCCAUAAUAAAACAGUGAAGACACACAUGAUGCACUGUUAUAUGGUAGUCAGGUCUUCUGAAAUGCCUGACACGUAACUACAUCAUUGUGUGUGAUUAGCUUGGACACUACUUACUCUGAAUCAGAAGGGGCUUGGAAAACAGACCCAUAGAAACACAAUGUGAAGUAUUGAGAUGCUUUUGGUGUGAAAUAUACCUUCACACUUGAGUUUUGUUAAGUAAUGCCUUAACUUCCUUCUCACAACAGUCAAGAAUUGGCAUCAACCAGACAUACAUUUCAAGUUCAUUAAUCAAUCCUACGAGGACUUUAGCAUCCACCAAUCUCAGCGGUUGUAAAGUAAAGCUGAUUCUUUUGUUGGUUAUUAGAAUGAGAUGUUUUUAUAUUGUGAUAGAACUGCACUGUGUUGAAACCUGGAGCAGAAAGGCUAAAUGUGGCACAUUGGAGUCAGAUUUGUUUCCAAAUCUGACAGCUUGCUGUUUUGUUUUUAAUUCCACUUAAUGUUCUGAAAAGACUUGAAAGAAAUCAAAUGCUCAUGCAUUUUCUGUGUUGGGAUCUAGCUGUAUAACUAAAGCUCAUGUGAUAGUUAAAUGGUCUUGAUUUACUUUGAUUCCUCUCACAGCGAUAAUCACUGAAGAUGUAGCCUCUGUGUAUUAGCCAGACAGGGUCAACUCUGAUCCCAAUAAUAAUGGCUAGGCUUUCAUGGUUGUAAUAUUUUCAUUUUGUACAUUGUAUCAGUAUUUUUUUGUGAAGAGAUUUCCAGUUUCCACUUACCAUACUACAGCAAUUUAGGCACAAUAUUAAAAGGACUUGAAUCUGCUAUUUGAAUUCUCAUCACUGUAAACUGUGUUGUAAAUGUUCUUCAAAAGGGUGUUCUGCCAAGUUAUUUCCGAAUGUGCAUUUACACUGAAGCUGCAGCCUGGCAUUGAUAUUGGAGACUUGACCACAAGUUGUUGCCAUAUACUGUGUUUAUGUUGAUCAAAUUGCAGAGGUCUCACGCAGCUACUGCUAACCCUGAAGUUGACAAAGAUCAAAGCAAGGCUGGGCCAGAUCAGUGUGAGAACAGCGUCUUGUGUAGAAAAUCCUGUUUAAAUUGCAUCAUAGAAAUGGGCUAAUUUAGCCCAAUCAGUUUGUGUCAGCAUCUACUUUCCACAAGAACUUGUCUGGCUUAGGAACAUAAGAGCAGGAUUCAGCCCCUCAAACCUAUUCCACUUUUCACUUAGAUCAUGGCACAUCUGUAUUUUGACUCAAUUUCUCUUCCUUGGCUUCUCCCUUACUCAACAAAAAUCUACCAAUUUCAGUCGUGAAAAUUGACUCAGUAAUCUAUUCUUUUUUCAGGGGAGAGUUCCAGACUUGCAUGAAAGAAUGUUUCCUGAUUGACAUCCAGCUGACCUACCUCCAGCGUUAGGGUUUUCACCUCCUGUUCUUGUUUCCUCCACCAGAGGAAAUAAUAUCUGCCCUGUCGAAAAGCUUCUUCAAUUUAAUCUUCUACAUCAGGUCGUCCUUCAACCAUCUCAACUGAAGGGAAGAGAAACCCAGUAUAAAUACAAAUAUUGAACAGAUCGAAACGAUAGCAUUCUCUGUCCAGUAUAACUAACUUGAUAUUGUAGAUAUCUUGUAGUGAGGAUAAUUCUUAUGAAUGGAUAAAGGACACAAUUGUAACUUAUUGAUGACACAAAUCACUCCAACAAAUGUUGGCAGCACAAAAGUGCACCUGAACAGCAAAACAAACCCACAAAAUUACUGAGAAUCAUAAACAUGGCGACUUUGCUUUAUUGUGAAACCAUAAUCAAAUCUUAGCACCUCAGCUCCCAUUUCAUUUUUAAAGCCUUUUCCAUUUUUAUUAAAUAAUGAAUUCUUCAUGUGACAUCAGUUCUCAAACAACUGAAUAAGUAAUAACCUCAUACCCAUGGAUACCUGACUGGUCCAUGUCUGUGUUUAUUCUUCCUAAUGAGCUUUGUCCCAUUCUGCUUUCUCUAAUUCUAUAAAUGUAACUUUUUCUGUACAGCCCCUCUUCGUUGUUUGGACUGAAGCUUUGGUGUGAUGUCGAGGGGUGGUAGUGUCACUGUGCUAAUAAUUGAGAGGUCCAAGCUCAUGCUUUGGGAACGUUGGUUCAAAUCCAACCAUGGCAGCUGGUGGUAUUUAAAUUUUCUUCAUAAUGUCUGGAAUUGAAAGCUGCCCUCAGCAACAAUAACCAUGAGAACUAUCAUCAAUUGAUGUAUUUAGUACUUCAGGACCUUUAGGGAAGAAAAUCUGCUACCCUUACUCAUUCUGGCCUACAUGUGACUUAAGGCACACAGCAACAGAGUUGACUCUUAACCGCUCUCUGAAAUAGCUGAAAAGGUGUUGCUGGUUAAAGCACAGCAGGUCAGGCAGCAUCCAAGGAAUAGAAAAGGAAUCUGGGCACACUCUCCUCAUUCCUGAUGAAGGGCUUAUGCCCGAAAUGUCGAAUUUCCUAUUCCUUGGAUGCUGCCUGACCUGCUGUGCUUUAACCAGCAACACAUUUUCAGCUGUGAUUUCCAGCAUCUGCAGACCUCAUUUUUUGCUCUCUGAAAUAAUCCAGCAAGCAACUCGACAAGAAUUAUGGACAGACAACAAAUGCUGGCUUUGCCAGUGACACCCUCAUGUUUUAAAGGUUAUUUAAAAAUAAGUUACCCCUUAAGUGCAUCUGUACUAUUUGCCUCGUUAUGGUAGCUAAUUCCACAUCUUCACCCUUCUUUGAGGUUUUUAAAAAAAGGUUUUCCUUAAGUUCAUCUGCCUAUUAAUCUGUUCCUUGUUCUUUUCCUUGAGCCUUCACUUUUUAUAGAGAAAAGAGCCCUAGCCCCAGUUUUUACUGAUAACUAUAGACUUUCGGUCAUGGUAUCAGCCUUGUGAAUCUCUUUUGCAUCUCCAACACCUCUAUGUAUAUAGAAAGUAAAGCAGCUAAGUGCUCACAAGGGCCCUCACCACUCUUCCAGUCCCAUUCUUCCAUCGCCACCUUGCCUUGGAAACACUGACAUCAUCUUACAUAUGUUAUACAGGACAGCCAUUGAUCCAGUUAAUCCUCCCCUCAUUGGUCCUUAUCAAACCCCAAUAUAACCGGUUCAUUUCCACCUAAUAUGCUAUUAGAUGGAGUUUACCCGUUCAAACUCCCGAAGAAGGAUAUCUGAGCAGUGCCUUUUAAUAGUCUGCAGUCAGUGGUAUUGCACUAGAGAUUGGGGAAUAAACAGUCCCCUGCCCUCAUGAAAUUGAGUAUAUAGCUUGUCCCUCGUGUUAAAGGUCUGCAGCUAAGCAGGUGCCUGGUGUUGACAGAAUGGCUGAAAUGUGGAGCAUGUCCUGCUGGAGGCAGAGUUAAAACCCCUAUCCCAAGACCGUGAGACAUUCAGAGCAUCGUUGCUAUGUUACUAUAAUGAGGUAAUUAUGUGGAUUUUAGCACAAAUUGACCAGAGUACAAUCAACAUCCGACCACCCACAAUGGAGUUAUGAGUGCAGGGUCUCCCUAAUAUACUGGUGAAGGCCUGACCAUGCAAAUAUUGGAAAUGAUAACCAGUGAUUGGUUAGCACAAAGUAGAUGCAGUGGUUUUUAAAGCAAAUUUAUGAAUAAGUAUGUAAGUUAGCUCACUGAGCUUGAAGGUUUGUUUUCAGAUGUUUUGUCACUGUACUAGGUAAUGUCAUCAGUGAGAGUCUCUGGUGAGGUGCUGGUGGUAUGUUCUGUCUCUCUGUUUAUAGGUCUUGGUUUCUUAAGGUGGAUGAUGUCAUUUUUCUGGUUUCUUUUCAAGGGAAGGUGGAUAGGAUCUAAAUCGGUGUUUAUCGAUGGCGUUCUGGUUCGAAUGUCAUGCCUCUAAGAAUUCUGGUGCGUGUUUUUCUGUAUAUUGAAACAAAUAAGACAAAAUGUCUUUUGUUUAAUGGAUAUCUUUAAAAGUAUAUUUGGCAAGUUCCCCAUGCUAUUGCUCAGGGGUAGUGAUGUUUGUCAGCCUAGACAUUCAGGUUAUAUCAUCUGGCUUACUGUGUACUAAUUUGUACUGAAGGUCCACCCACUCAAGGCUAUGUGGUCUAAUUGAUGCCAAAAGUCAUUUCGAGGUUUUCUACUAUUAGGGUCAGUCAGAAGAGGUCUUCUGCUUCUGUAGAUUGGAAUUUUUUUGUAACUUUGACCAAAACUUGGUUUUAACCAUUUUCCUUACCGUGCUGCUGUAAAUGAGCUCAAUAACAAAAAUAAAAUAUAAAAUUGCAGUUUCCUCACUCCCAGUUUCUGAUGGAAUCAAACAAAUCGGUUUUUAAGUCCAUUAAUUACUGUUAAUUAAAGGCCGUGUUCUGUCCAUAUUAAAGUUAUAAUCAUAUGUUCAAAGCCAUUCCUAUCAGCAUCAGUAAUUAAUUGGAGUUGGACUAACAUUUAGAGACCAGUGACCUUUCUUCAGGUCAGUAUAAAAAUGUAAGAGCACAAGUUUUAUUUUAGAAAAUCACAUUUUACUUCCUAAUAAAAUGCAUUUAAAACACGAAUUAAAUUUAAGAUGACCAUGAGCACAUUGGUGACUCAGAAUAAAUUCCAAUACUAUGUUCUACAAAAAGAUAUCUGUGAUAUGUUAAGAAGCCAACUUUUACUGCAAAGUCUUUACAUUCUGAAGCCAUUAGACCCCAGGCACAGCCUCGUUAACUGGUAGCUGAACAGUGACUGAGAUCAGUUUCUUUUUGGAUGCUAAUGAUUCAAAACUGGCAUUCAGAAUAGAGACAUCUUGACGUUUUAUGUCCCUUUGUAAUUUUUAAAAAAGUGCCCAACAUGCACAAGCCCAUGUAUUCAUGAUUUGAGUUUCAUUUGAUGCUGUAAUGUUUUUGAGCACUUACCUCCCUAUAUUUGGUCACUUGCUGUCAGUUAAUAAAUUUAUACAAAGUGAAGGGUGUGUAAUAUGAGCACGAUAGGGUUUCCCUUUAUUUAUUUAUUUAUUUGACUCAGGUUUUUAUAUUUCAGUUUAUUUUCUCUCCUACUUUUCCCAUUGUCGCUCACCUUUACACAUCCUCAGUUGGCCACAUGGACCCCAGGCUGCUCUCAGCCCUUCGUUUUAAUGAACCUGGCAACUUCCAUGCCUCUGCAGAUUUCCACUGAGUGGCAGCUAGACCCUACGAGUAGCGGAUCCUAUAAGCAAAAUCAGUCAAAAGUUAAAAUCAAUUGAUGCAGGCACGUACAUCUGAGUGGUCAUCCUGCUUGGUCUUAAUCUCUUGGUCUUAAAGCACUUGUGUCCAGUGCUUUAAGCACCCAGUUGCCAGACUGCUGUACCAGAAAAUUUCUUUGAAAAGGAUGUCCAACCAUACUGUUUCUCUCACAUUAUUUACUGAAUAUCUGUGAAUAGAGUCAUGGGAUUGGAAGGGUUUUUGUGUUUACACCUAAUUGUUAUAGGCUUUAACCUGAUUGGAGAGGAGUCUCACUGUCUGUGAUGGUCUUUACAGAUUCCUCUUUGUGAAAUGAUACAAUUCUGAAACUGCUCACCUCUCGGAGUCAUGAUGCUAUUUUGCAUGUGUGAAAAUGCUUUUAUUUUUCACACUCUGUGGAGACAGCAAUUACCAUUCAGGUUUGUAACAAAUGAAUUAUCGAUCUUUUCUCUGGUAAUAAAACAAAGGUUAAGCAUUUUUCAUUUUUAAUUAAAAACAAGCAGGUUAUAUUUGUGGACUCCUAGCUAAAUUGUUGCUGAUUUUUAAAUCAUUCAUUUGUACACAAUUGAAUUUGGGACUGUUGGCAGGUACCUUUUUGGAGCCUGUUUCCGUGCACACCUCUGGAUCCUUCCAAAGCAGUACACAUCGUAAAAUUAUCCCGGGAGCAAUUUGAUCACCUUUGCCAGUGUUUGCACCUAUCAGAAAGACAAACCCAGAAGAAUAUAGUAGCCAUUGCCAAUGUUUACAAGGGUUAUAAAAGCAGCAGGUUUGAACAGUCAGAAAGCAUUCUUGGGACAACAGACACAGUGAAUGAUUUUUCAACACUUAGCACCUAUAAGCCAAGGCACAUCACUAGUUGAGAACAUUAUUGAUAGAGCAAUUGACCUCCUCUCCCCUCCAAAACAAAACCGUUCCUUUUGGAUCACCUUUUGCAAUCUAAUUGUAUUAUAUGGUAUUGUUUUUAAUUGCCUUCGUUCCAUUUAUAAUUUUUUAAUGAAAAGAAAUCAUUUCAGUAUUAGCGUUAAGUUAUGACUUUCCAUCACUCUCACCCUCACUGAGUGCUGUGAGUUGGAGCUGAAGAACCAUGUGCAAGUUGCCUUUUGUUAAGAACACAAACAAUUCUUUUUGCCAAGGUACUGUUUGCUGGUGUUGGUUUUUAUUUGAACAGCAUAUUGUGCCACUUUUAUCUGAUCUAUCCUGAUAUUACCAGCAUUUUGAAGGGUGAUUCAUGUAUUCCUUUUUACGUGUAAAUGUCUUUUUUUGUUUCUGUAACAUGUAUGGUGCAAUUUUAAUU